AGCUAUUCGCUAAUGGAAAUGCAAAGCUAGCUUCCAUUUGAUUUCUUUCUUUCUUUCUUUCUUUCUUUGAGGUGGAGAGAAGCAAAGGAUCGACACAGAUGAACCACGUUUCAAUGCAACACAAUCUUGCCGGCCAGUCGGGAUUGACGAAGGCUAAGCUCAGUCAUGGCGAGGCCGAGCCCCCGGCAUGCCCGAAGCCUCGUAGGCCAGGUCUGGCUGUGCAGGAGUUCCUAUAUCCCCUCAACUGUAAGCACAGCCAUUCCAGCCACCAAGGGAGCAGUGAUGUUCUAGGCAUGAUAUCAAGCAAGAAUGAUGCAGGAAGAGAAGCUAUGAGCACAGGAUGCCCACCUUCAUGUUAUUGUGGAUCUCCUCCAACCAGAUCAGAUAACCCAUUGGUGCAUGAUGUUCAAUUUGUCCAUCAGGUGAAAGAACGGAUAAAGUUGUUUGACAAGUUCAGUUAUAGCUCUACUUCUCCGAUAUGAGGCUCAGAGUUUGGAAUUCAAUGACAGGCUUGCUCCAUAAACUGGUUAUCAACUGGAGCUUCUGCUGUAACAUCCAUAACUUGAUACUACAGCAGACAAAAGUUGAACUCUCUAAGAGAUCAGCCAAUGAAUCUUUGCAUAAUAAAAUAUACCUAAAUUUGGAGAAGUAAUAAUCAUUAACCUGACGAAUAGUCUUUUCCCUUCUUUAAACUUAUAUGGGGCCAAUUUUGGCCAAAGGGCUCUGUCUAUAUGCAGGAAUGGCAAUAAUAUUUGUUGGAGUUUGUGUGCCUAUGCAUUAAAAAUGCAUCUCAAAAACACUUGUGAAUAAUAUGAUGAUGUUCAAAUGAGGUCA